AUGAUGGCGUCGUCGCCAUCGCUUCCGCAGCUCGUCGCGUUUGCGACCCCAGCCCGUCGCCUUCGAUCCGCCCGUCGCCUUCACUUCCCCCCCGUCGCCCCUACUCCCCCCCCUCCCCCCGCUCCGUUGCCUUCAUUUCCCCCUCCCGUCGCCUUCACUUCCCCCUCUCGUCGCCUUCACUUCUCCCCCUCCUGUCGCCUUCACUUCCCCCCCGGAGUGUUCGCCUUCACUUCCCCCCAUCCCGUCGCCUUCACUUCCCCCCCGGAGUGUUCGCCUUCACUUCCCCCCUCCCGUCGCCUUCACUUCCCCCCCUCCCGUCGCCUUCACUUCCCUCCCUCCCGUCGCCUUCUCUUCCCCCCCUCCCGUCGCCUUCUCUUCCCCUUCCCGUCGCCUUCACUUCCCCUUCCUCUCGCCUUCACUUUCCCUUCCCGUCGCCUUCACUUCCCCUUCCCGUCGCCUUCUCUUCCCCUUCCCGUCGCCUUCUCUUCCCCUUCCCGUCGCCUUCUCUUCCCCUUCCCGUCGCCUUCUCUUCCCCUUCCCGUCGCCUUCUCUUCCCCUUCCCGUCGCCUUCUCUUCCCCCUCCCGUCGCCUUAA